CCUUCCAACCUGAGCCACAGCAUCAGCCUCCAUAAAGCGUCUAUUUUACUAACCUCAGCAAUGAAAACUCCGAUCCCGCUACAGGCCAAACAAAACAACCAUUCUUAAGCCUUCAAAUCCGAACAUACAGCAUUUCGCUUGCUUUUUUCAAGUUCCGCUUCUCUUUGCCAAACGCUUAGUGCAUUACAUACUGUCGCCAACUAUACACAUCUGUCCACAUAUUUUUUCCCAAAAUGAGUUGGGGGAAAUGGCCUUACCACGUGGGUAUGCAACUAAUCUACAGACACACGUUGUCAAUUCUAGAUCUUGGUUCGGUUUGGUUUCCAAAAUUCAAGCCUUUGAUGGUUUUCCUUUUUUGGUUCUUUUCCAUCUUGAAUGGUGAAAUAGACGGUGAACAGGGAAGAAGAGUAUGAAAUAUGGGAUUGACAGAUGCAUCCUCCAUGUUGGGCUUCAGGCCCAGCACUGUUUCAAUGCCCUAAAGACUUGGGAUAGCUGAGAGAGAGAGAGAAUGGCGUCUGUAACCAAACACCUGUCGAGGGGUGUUAUUCCGGAUUAGGGUUAACUCUUCUUCGCUUUCGCAGAUUUCCUUUAGGCGCCAAACUCCACGGAAGUGCCACUCACCAAUCACCACCACCUCCUCUUCCUCCUCCUUCCACAGUGUCACAAACAGGUAAAGAAACAGAGCAUUCACAAAGCUUCGCGUGCUUGCCAUUGCAUGUCUGAGUAUGUUCAACGUUCGCCAUUGCCGGGGAGAUAAAUGGACAGUCAAAUCCCUGUGAGCAGUGAUCGUUCGAGGACAUAUUGGACACCUAUAAUGGAACGGUAUUUUGUUGACCUUAUGAUAGAGCAAAUGCACAGAGGAAACCGGAUUGGUCAUACUUUUAAUAAGGAAGCCUGGAUAGACAUGCUUGCCGUAUUCAAUGCCAAAUUUGGAUCUCAAUAUGAUAAAGAUGUUCUCAAACUUCGUUAUACAAAUCUCUGGAGGCAAUUCAACGAUGUAAAGAAUCUUCUGGGUCAGAAUGGAUUUUCUUGGGAUGAAACUCGUGAGAUGGUGAUUGCUAAUGACUAUGCUUGGGACACUUAUCUCAAGGUUCACCCAGAAGCGCGCACUUACAAGACAAAAUCAGUACUGAACUUUAGUGACUUAUGUUUAAUUUAUGGAUAUACAUCCGCCGAUGGAAGAUACAGCCGGUCAAGUCAUGAUGUGGACUUUGACGAUGAAAUCCAGAGAGUAAAUAUGGUAGAUGGGGCAAGCAGUCAUGUGCCAUUAAAUAAAGAACGUUCAAGGACAGAGUGGACCCCAUCAAUGGACCAAUACUUUCUUGAGCUUAUGCUGGACCAAGUAGGGAGAGGCAACAAGUCUGGUGAUACAUUUACCAAGCAGGCAUGGACGGAUAUGCUUCAUUUGUUCAAUGAAAAAAUUGGUCCUCAGUAUGGAAAGAGGGUUUUGAGGCAUAGAUACAAGAAAUUGUGGAAAUACUACUCCGAUGCCACCCUUCUUCUCCAAGAAGAUGGAUUUUCAUGGGAUAAAACACGCCAAAUGAUCACUGCUGAUGAUGAUGUUUGGGAUGCCUAUAUCAAGGUGAACCCGCAUGCACGAACAUAUAGGACCAAGGUCCUACCAAACUACGAUGAUCUGGUCCUAAUUUACGGCAGUGCAUGUGAUAAUGGGACUCAGAGUCGACUUGAUCAGCAAAAGAACCCUGAAGAUGACAACACGGGAAGAAAGUCUGUAGACAAAUCCUGUACUGGUGACCGCACAAGGACGUACUGGACACCACCUAUGGACCGCCACCUCAUUGACUUGCUACUGGACCAGACUCUCAGAGGAAAUAAGCUUGGUCAGACGUUUAUAACACAGGCUUGGACUGUCAUGGUUGCACAUUUUAAUGCAAAUUUUCAAUCUAACUAUGAGAAAGAUGUUCUCAAGAACCGGUACAAAUACUUGAGGAAGCAAUUCAAUGAAAUAAGAAAUAUUCUCAAACAGGAUGGGUUUUCAUGGGAUGAAUCAAAGGAAAUGAUAACAGCUGAUGAUCGGUUGUGGGAUGCUUAUAUCAAGGAACACCCUGAUGCUCGAUCUUAUAGAGUCAGAACAGUCCCGAGCUAUCACAAACUCUGUGUGAUUUUUGGAGAAAGGAGUUCUGAUGCAAGAUAUAACCGUGUGGCUGAUAGUAUAGAUCCCAGCUGUGAAAUAUCCGUCUUGAUGGCCGGUGACGAGCUUAACCAUUUAUACUCCCCGAGGAAUGAAUCUUCAGUGGUAGAAUGGACAGAACAAAUGGAUCGUUAUUUUACUGACCUUUUGAUAGAGAUAGGGCAUGGAGGGAAUAAGAAUGGUUCGACGUUGGAUGAUGUAGCAUGGGUUCGGAUGAUUACAUCUUUCAAUAAAAGAUUUGGACUUCAAUGUGGCAGAUCUGAUUUAGAAAGUCGCUAUAUGUUCUUGAUGAAGCAGCAUGAUGACAUCAGCAAACUUCUUAGUCAUGGUGGGUUUGCAUGGGAUGAAAUGCAGCAGAUGUUAAUUGCAGAUGGUGAGGUUUGGGAGGCUUAUAUGAAGGUUGAUCCAGAUGCUUGUGUAUACAGAGAUAAAGUUUUAUGUUGCUACGACAGUUCACACAAGAUUUACUCUAAUAUGGUGGAGGGAAACUUCAUCAGUGAGGACCCCGGAACAUGUAUACACGAUGCCCAAAAUUUGGAGGGAGAUGCUGGAUGUACAGAUGCUCAAUCUCCAUCAGCAGAUUAUCACAUUUCUCAUCCACUGAGAAAACGACCAGGCACGCCAUCCCAUGAAAAUGGUCCUGCUAGUAAACUGCAGAGAACCGAGGAAAUGCAGGGAGUUCUCUCAGGCAAUAACAAUGAAGGUGCUACAGUGGACGAAUUACCUGUUUCAGUGAAUUGGAGAGAGCCGAAGAGCUAUACCAUUGAAGGAGCAAUUAGUGCGCUUCAAGAGAUACCGGACAUAGACGACGACAUCCUGUUGGAUGCUUGCGAUCUUUUGGAGGAAGAAAGAAAAGCCAGGACCUUCUUGGCACUUGAUGCUCCACUGCGGAAGAAAUGGUUGUUAAGAAAGCUGCGGCCAUAGUCCUCGCUUGCCCUUCAAUUCAAGUGUUAUAUGUGGUUUAUGGUCCUGAACUAAGGGAGAUGAAGGCAGAAAUGGUUGAUACUCAAAAAUUUUUUGGAGGUGACUUUUGCUAGGAACAGGAUCUGGAAUGUUAAUAGAUAGGGAAGCUCAUACUAACCAUUGCCUGCAGUUUGUAUAGAACGAUGCGAGCCUA